CGCCCUUCGGUAUUCCCGCCGAGGAGCCGGUGGAAUUGCCAUUGUUGGGAGAAGAAAGGAAGAAUUGGGAGCUGUGAAGAGGGAGUGUGAACUGCUGACGAAAUCUCCGGUGUUGGCGAUUGCUGCGGAUUGUUCGGUCAUUGAGGACGUGUCAAGUCUGGCCCGCCAGAUCGAGAAAGCAUGGGGAUGGUUUGAUACGUUGAUUAUAUGUGCAGGCGUUUCAAGCGUGCGGCCAGUUAUGGACAUUGCUGGGUAUCGACACUCGACUCAUGACGAGAGUGGGACGUAUGAUACAAGCGAUGGGGUUCAGAAGGUAAAUGACGUGAUUGAGCGUUCGUUAAAAGGGAAUUUUCUUGGGCCUGUUCUUUCGGCUGUUGCUCUCAUCCCCCUCCUCCUACGGAAACCAACCCUGUCCGGAUCCCCUUCCCCUUCCCCUUCGAUCCUCCUCCUUUCCUCCAUCGCAGGCGCCAUACCAGCACCCACCCGAUCCAUCUACGCAUCCACCAAAUCGGCCUCACUCGUCUUUUUCCAAUCUUUAUCCAUAGAAUGGAGUUCAAAACUCGAUUUCUCGAUCAUCUUACCCGGGAGCAUCGAAGGUGAUGACUUUCGUAAAAAGGCAGUAGACCUGGAUCUCAAUCCUGCGCCUGAGUCUUCAACGUCAAUGUCGACGUCGAUGGGGACGACGAGUCCUCGAGAGCUUGAAGGUCCAGAAGAAACAGUAAGGACGCCUGAAGGGAGAGGAAACGAGACGGGUGUGUCGACCCAAUUGAGAAGGGAAGGUAAAAAGUUGAGACGGGAAGAUGUCGCGAGAGCCUGUAUAGAUGUGAUUGAUUGGAAGAGGAAGGGAACAAUUACGAACAUCGUUUGGUUGCCUUCUUGGCCCUAUCGAUAUGCUCAUCUUGUGUAUUGGUGGGCCUUUAGAGGGUUUGUGGAGCGUGGGGCAAAGAAGAAGUAUGGGUUCGUCCAUUGAGGUGUUGGGUAGGGG